AAAAGAUCAGUCCAACUGUUUAACUAUGCUAGAGUACCAACUUGGCAGGAGCAGACUUUUGUCUCGGACACUAGGCAGCUGAUGCAUCAGGGAAUGACUGCUAUUUUGUUUUGUGUACCUAAAGUUAUCAUACCCCAUGUAUUACAGCUUGCAAUUUGGUCUACUAGGUUCCUUAUGCAUGUCUAUAAUCUUUGUAUGAACUCUAUGGUGGCUUAGCCUCUUUGUUAUUUUUCUCCAUCAAUAUAUUAUGUUUAUCAGGUAUCAAAAAAAAAAAAAUUAGAUAAGGCCUCCCUUCCCCACAACGUUGGAAGAAAAUUAAGAAAAUCUAUCUAUGGAAGAAGUAAAGCUACUAGGAUUCUGGCCAAGUAUAUAUGUUCAUCGAGUUAUAUGGGCACUGAAACUCAAGGGUAUCAAAUAUGAAUAUGUAGAACAGGAUGUAAUAUUCAACAAGAGUGAUAUGCUUUUGAAGUACAACCCAGUCCAUAAGAAGGUUCCUGUACUUAUUCAUGGUGGGAAACCCAUCGCAGAAUCCAUUUUCAUCCUUGAGUAUAUUGAUGAGACUUGGCCACAGAACCCCUUGCUUCCAGAUGAUCCUCACGAGAGAGCUGUGGCUCGGUUUUGGGCAAAGUUUGGAGAGGAUAAGACCUACAACUUGUUUGGCUUCUUUAUAACUGGUGGACAAGAACAAGUGAAAGCAACAGAAGAAGUGAAAGAACUUCUGGGAAUCCUAGAAGAGCAUGGUCUUGGAGAGAAGAAGUUUUUCGGUGGCAGUGACAUAGGACUGGCUGACUUAGCGUUUGGAUGGAUAGCUUGCUUGCUGGAAAUCUUUCAAGAAGCAGCUGGGGUCAAAGUGUUGGAAGCUGAUAGCUUCCCUCGCUUACAGGCAUGGAUCAAAAACUUCAAUGAAAUUCCAGCCAUUAAAGAAAGCCUUCGCGAUCGCAAUGAGCUGUUGACAUAUUUCAAAUGGCGAAGAGAACACUUGAUGUCCUCAGCAGCAUCAUAAACAUAUUAAACACUAGUACUCGCAUCAGCUUGGUCUGCAAUUCAAUAGCUUGUGUGCUCUCAUUCUCUGAAUCUAAAUCUCAAGAUAUGUUAUUCUACAAAUAAGUUUGUGUGUCUGAGUGCAAAAGACAUGGCAGUGUGACUGGUAAUUUACUAGAUGUAUAAUGCUACAAGUAGAGGCUUGCAAUUAUUGAUUUUUUUCAAUUUGAAAGUAAUAAAAUUCAACCCAUUUUCCUUCAUAAAA